AUGACUAUGGUUGAUGGAACCGAAGCAGUUAGUUCUGUGAUCGAUAGUGGAAGACGUCCACAAAAAACAUGGAAGCCUCCGGCAGCAGGGACACCUCCUCAGCUUUGUUUGUACAAUAGCUUUACACGGAAAAAGGAACUUUUUGUGCCAUUAAAUCCUAAGCAGGUGAAAUGGUAUAUUUGUGGACCAACAGUUUAUGAUUCUUCACAUAUUGGACAUGCUCGAGCCUAUCUUUCUUUUGACAUUCUUCGACGUGUUUUGCAAGAUUAUUUUGGUUAUGAUAUACAGUAUAUAAUGAAUAUAACUGAUAUUGAUGAUAAAAUUAUUAAGAGGGCUCGUCAACUUUAUCUGUUAGAAAAUUAUACUUCUGGAAAAUUUGGUGAACUUUCGAUGACAAAGGUCAUCAAGGAUACUUUGUCAGCAUUGGAUAAAUUCAAGAAUAAGUGUAUAGAUGAAACUGAUCCAGAUAAAAAGAAUAUGUUGGCUGAUAUGUGUGCAAGUGUGAAUGUUGCGGUGAAAAAGUUAGAGUGUUCGUUGCUGCAAUCAGAACAACAAGAAACAGAGAAGUCAAAGAAUGAAUUGCUGCAUGCUGCAAAAGAUGUGCUAUCUGACUGGCUGGAUUCACUUUACAAGCACACCGUGAAUGACUUAGCUGUUUUUGAUCGUCUUGCUAAAAAAUAUGAAAAUGAGUUUCUCUGUGAUAUGGCUUCCCUGAAUGUGCUACCACCGACUGUUUUAACUCGUGUUUCGGAAUACAUUCCUGAAAUUAUUGCAUAUGUAGAAAAAAUAAUAAAUAAUGGUUAUGGAUACGUUACCAAAGAUGGUUCGGUUUAUUUUGACACAGUGAAAUUUGAUAAUAGUGAGAAGCAUAGUUAUUGCAAAUUGGUACCAGAAGCAUUUGCUGAUAAUGAACAACUGAUGAAAAAUAUGCGGGAAAGUGAAGGAGAUUUGAGUAUGGGCAAUUUGGAAAAUAAAAGAAAUGUGACUGACUUUGCGUUGUGGAAAGCUUCGAAAGACGGUGAACCUUACUGGAAUAGUCCUUGGGGAAAAGGUAGACCUGGUUGGCAUAUCGAGUGUUCAGCAAUGAGUUCGAAAAUCUGUGGUACUUCUUUAGAUAUUCAUGCUGGUGGUUUUGAUUUGAAAUUUCCACAUCAUGAUAACGAAAUAGCACAGGUCGAAGCUUAUUAUGAUAUUGAGAACUGGGUCAACUAUUUUUUGCACUGUGGUUCACUUCGAAUUGCUGGUUUAAAAAUGUCCAAAAGCCUUAAAAAUUUUAUAACGAUUCGCGAAGCAUUGAAACAUUAUUCUGCUCGACAGUUAAGGAUAUUAUUUUUAAUGCAUAAUUGGAAUGAUGUUCUUGAUUACAGUGCUGCUUCAAUGGAAAGAGCUUUGCAGUUUGAAAAAAUCAGCAACGAAUUUUUCUUACUUGUUAAGGAUUAUUUGCGAAAAUAUUAUAAACCGAACAAUAGUGAGAGUUAUCAAAAAUAUAAUGACGAAGAACUACUCUUGGUCAAUAAUUUCUGUAAAAUCAAAACUGAGAUAAACAUUGCACUGUGUGAUUCGGUCGAUACACGAACAGUUGUUGAAAAGUUACGAGAAUUGAUUGCUAUAGGAAAUGCUUACUUCAUUGAAAUGGAGAAAAAAGAAGACAGUGUUCCAAAUUGCUUGUUGUUACGAAAUAUUGCAUUAUACAUGACAUCUUUGCUCAAAAUAUUCGGAGUUAUACCCCAAAAUGUUGAAAUUGGUUUCCCAAUAGAACAUAAUGGAAUAUCGAAUCAUGAUAUUUCUAUAACAUCCAAAGAAGAAAUGCUUAUGCCAUAUUUAACAGCGCUUGUCGAUUUCCGUGAAAAUGUUCGAAAGGUGGCUCGUGAGCAAAAAAUCAUUGGAAUUCUAGAAGAAUGCGAUAAGUUACGAGAUGAAGUUCUACCGGAAUUAGGUGUACGACUUGAGGAUCGAAAUGAGCAAACAUGUGUCAAACUUGUUGACAGAGAAACUCUGUUGCGAGAGCAAGAACAAAAGAAGGCUAUUGAAGCUGCAAAAGAAGAGGAAAAAUAUCGGAAACAAUACGAAAAAGCAGAAAAAGAAGCAUCAAAGCGUAUACCACCUUGGGAAAUGUUUAAGCAAGGUAAAGAAGCUGGAAAAUUUCUGAAAUACGAUGAUAAAGGAAUACCGACGCAUCUUGCUAACGGUGAAGAAAUCUCGAAGAAGCAACGAAAGAAGUUGGAGAAAUUAUACGACAUACAGCAGAAGAAUUAUGAACAGGUUGCUCAUGAAUUAGUUUCAAAUGAAGUGGCUACGUCAGAAUAA